AUAUAAGGAGGGCCAGAGUGCUAGCUAGCCACUGCACUGCCCAGAGGCUCCUGCCUGACUCAUUGCCAGCCUUCGGUCCCUGCAUCACCAACCAGAACAUGGACGUCACCAUCCAGCACCCUUGGUUCAAGCGCGCCCUGGGGCCCUUCUACCCCAGCCGACUGUUCGACCAGUUCUUCGGCGAGGGCCUUUUUGAAUACGACCUGCUGCCCUUCCUGUCUUCCACCAUCAGCCCCUACUACCGCCAGUCUCUCUUCCGCACAGUGUUGGACUCCGGCAUCUCUGAGCUCAUGACCCAUAUGUGGUUUGUAAUGCACCAACCACAUGCUGGAAACCCCAAGAACAACCCCGGCAAGGCAAGUUACGUGGCACAGGUCCGAUCUGACCGGGACAAGUUUGUCAUCUUCUUGGAUGUGAAGCACUUCUCUCCUGAGGACCUCACCGUGAAGGUACUGGAAGAUUUCGUGGAGAUCCAUGGCAAACACAACGAGAGGCAGGAUGACCAUGGCUACAUUUCCCGUGAAUUUCACCGUCGCUACCGUCUGCCUUCCAAUGUGGACCAGUCCGCCCUCUCCUGCUCCUUGUCUGCGGAUGGCAUGCUGACCUUCUCUGGCCCCAAGGUCCAGUCUGGCUUGGAUGCUGGCCACAGCGAGAGGGCCAUUCCCGUGUCACGGGAGGAGAAGCCCAGCUCGGCACCCUCGUCCUGAGCAGGCCUCGCCUUGGUUGUCCCCUGAGGCCCCUGAUCCAUCCAGCCCAGGGGCCACAGCAAAGAGUCUGCCUUCCUGACUUCUUUUCUUUCUCUUUGUUUCCUUUCCACUUUCUCAGAGGGCUGAGGAUUUGAGAGAGUGGCUUAAAGAGCUUGGGGGGUCUUGGCCUGAGAUGGCUGCGGGUUCAGGGUGACCCAGGCUCAACACCAGCCGGUCAGAGGGAAUGAUGGCAUUGAACUCUUAAGAUUUCCUGUCCUCCUGGAAAGUGGCAUCGAGCUCUGCUCCAAAGGCAGAGUGAAUGGUGGCUAACCAACCCCAAGAGCCCUCUGCCAAGCCCCUGGAUGGCAGCCUCCCACCCCCUUUGCCCACACUUACCGCAGGCGUAUAUGCUGGGCUCCAACAGUCCGCUUCUCUCAUGCCCUCUUCCUGUGACUUUCUCUACUAUGUAGUAUCGCUCCUGGGGACCCUGGUCACCCAUGAGAAUGGAGCCCCUGGCAGACAAUAAAGAGCAGGUGACAAGCAA